UAAAUAAAAAAGUCUGUUUGAAACAGUAUUUAAAUGAGAAAUGAGAUUAUCUUUGCGAAACAUAGCAAAUAUCAACUUACUCUCUGAAGUAUUGUUCCUGCAAAGGUAUUUUGCCUGAAAUAUUGCUCGCAAAUUAGGUGUUUUGCCUGAAAUAUUGUUCCUGCCAAGGUGUUUUGCUUGAAAUAUUGUUCCUGCAAAGGUAUUUUGCCUGAAAUAUUGCUCGCAAAUUAGGUGUUUUGCCUGAAAUAUUGUUCCUGCAAAGGUAUUUUGCUUGAAAUAUUGUUCCUGCAAAGGUAUUUUGCCUGAAAUAUUGCUCGCAAAGGUGUUUUGCCUCGAAAUAUUGUUCCUGCAAAGCUGUUUUUGCCUGAAAUAUCUAUCAAAAUGUCUGAACUGCUGAAGAAACGCAGCCGCGAGGAGGAGGUUCUGCAGAAUUCUCCGAAGCGCUUUCAAGGACGAAAUGAGCAACAAUAUCUUCAGACUUCGGAAAAUAUUCAGUUCGUUGAGAAAAUAAAAGGCGAAGAACAACUUGCUAUAACAAGUUUCGUGGAAGAAGAAACCGGCGUAUUUUUGUUUAGCGGGGAUGAUAUGACCAGCCGCUGUGAAAACAAAGAGAGCGAGAAUGGAAUUGAUUUGAGUUACCUGCUUGAAGCCUCCGACGACGAGCUUGGGCUACCGGCUAGCCCGGUUGCGAACAUAGACAACCAAAAUGUUUGCGCUGCUGCUUCUUCUGAUAAGCAGGGUUUUGGAACUUGUUCUGAUUCUGCUGAAAACGCAGAGCAGAAGGAUUUUCUUGAGAACUGGCAUUUUGAGGACGAUUUUGUGGAUUACGCACAAUUUGCAGUCUUUGAUGAUGCUGCAGCCAGCGCUUGGGAUGUUGUGAACCUAGAGGCGUUUAUUGACGGAGAUUAUUCUACGUCAUGGGAACUGGAAACUAUUUGUUGAAUGAAAAGAUUAAAGAUUUUUAAAAAAAAUGUAUUUUGCAAUUUCAGAUAUGCUGUAGGUUUCAUUAUUUAAUUUUUGCUUCGAAGUUUUAGCUUUUCACUGAUUUUAGCGUCCGCCAUGGCCGAAACACGACGAAGAUAAAAGAUGACUUAAGAACUGGAGCAUUUGCAAACCAGUUGUAAUCUUAAAGUAAAUUGUAAAGUUUGUCUAAUGAUAUAUAUCGAAGUUGAGAACCUCA